CUGAAACUGAGCCGAGAUUGUUGUGACUUGCGUUCUCGCUAGACUCGAAAUCUUCACAAUCCGCUUGUCUUUUGUGUGAAGCUUGAGCUUCAUUGUUUCGUUCCGUCGGAUUGCGGUCAGAUAGCGCCAGGCAGUGAAUCGAGUGAGCGGAUGUGCGUUUGCUACGUGGUGUUGGGAAUUCUGACGAAGGUUCUACAGCAAACCAGGCCCGCUGUUGGCCCCGUGUUGUGUUCGCUGGUCGUGAGUUUUGCGAAGGUGCAAAGUUUGUAAAGUUGCCCUUUUGAUUCGGAAGCUUAACGCACCAUCAUGAGCGCGACGGAGGGAGACGGUGGUACGGAGCUUCGUCGGCGGGUAGCAGCUGAAGCGGAAGCCACACUACAGCAGCAGGAGGAGAAAGAUGCCAACCAGGACCAUCAGUCGCAGCCGAAGGAGUGUACAACUACGGAAAAUUCGGACCAUGUUGAUUCUGAAACAGAGACCGAGGAACGGCUACCGGAUGAGAAGUACAUCGAAGAGUUGGCUAAAAAUCUGCCACAAGGUACCAACAAGAUGCCAGAAAUUCUCACACAAGUUCUGGACGGAUUACCCGACAGAUGGCGGAACUGGGUAAUACGUGGAAUCUUCACGAUGAUCAUGAUCACUUUGUUUUGUGGCAUCAUCUACCAAGGACCACUGGCACUGAUGAUUACGGCCCUUGCAGUGCAAGUGAAAUGCUUCCAGGAAAUCAUCUCGAUCGGUUACUCGGUAUAUCGCAUCCACGGGCUUCCCUGGUUCCGUAGCUUAUCCUGGUACUUCUUGCUGACCUCCAAUUACUUUUUCUAUGGUGAAAAUUUGGUGGACUAUUUCGGUGUUGCAGUUAGCCGUGUGGACUCGCUUCGUUUUCUAGUCAAAUACCAUCGCUUCUUGUCGUUCUGCCUGUACUGUAUCGGGUUUGUGUGGUUCGUACUUUCGCUUGUGAAAAAAUACUACAUAAGACAGUUCAGUCUGUUCGCCUGGACGCACGUGACAUUGCUUAUCGUGGUCACACAGAGCUACCUUAUCAUCCAGAAUAUCUUCGAGGGUCUGAUCUGGUUCAUCGUUCCGGUUUCAAUGAUCGUGUGUAACGACGUCAUGGCGUACAUGUUUGGGUUCUUCUUCGGCCGUACCUCGUUGAUACAGCUGAGCCCGAAGAAGACGUGGGAAGGAUUCAUCGGUGGUGGCUUCGCUACGGUUAUCUUUGGCUUGUUGGUAUCGUACGUCCUGUGUCAGUUUCAGUUCUUUGUUUGCCCGAUCGAAUACUCGGAAGCGCAAGGACGGAUGGUGAUUGAGUGUGAGCCGAGCUAUCUCUUCCAACCAAAGGAAUACGACCUACCCUUUUCUGGUAGUAAAAAAAUAACGAUGUAUCCUUUUCUGCUUCACUCGUUAUCGAUGAGCAUCUUCAGCUCGGUAAUCGGACCGUUUGGUGGAUUCUUUGCUUCUGGAUUCAAGCGCGCGUUCAAAAUAAAAGACUUUGGAGACAUGAUCCCCGGCCACGGUGGGAUCAUGGACCGUUUCGAUUGCCAGUUUCUGAUGGCCACAUUCGUGAACGUUUACAUCUCCAGCUUCAUUCGUAAUGCUUCGCCGCAAAAGCUACUGAAUAUGGUUUACACCCUUAAACCGGAAGAACAGCUACAGCUAUUCAAUCAACUAAAGGACAGCCUAAUGGAGCGAAACAUCAUUAAUUUAAAUUAAACCGUGUCCGGAUUUAGUUGUGUCGUUCUUAGUCACCGAUACUGUUACGGUUAUGAUGAUGAUGCAUCUUUGUGUUGGACCAUCGCCAAGCGCCAUUAUAAGUUGAACUGUUUUCGAAAGUAUGUUUGGUUUUGGUUAACACGACCAUUAACAAGACCGAAACCAACGCAAUCAAACAUUGUUAGGGAUAGUAGCAUGGAAAUCGUUUUGACCGUAUGAUUUUGUUGACAACUUGAGAGAAUACAUGAAGUACUGUUGAAAAUGUAUGGAGUUGUAUAGGAAUCUGCUCGGAAAUUACAUACUCACUAAACAACUCGUCUUGACUCUCCAAUCCUUUCCCUUCUGGAUUUAGCAUGCUUUAUCAACUACUGUUGUUUCUUGCCUCUCUUCAAAAGGAGGACCAAAGCUGUAGGGCCUCUGCUGUUGAAUAUGGAUUUUGGUAUCCACCAUGCCUGGUGGCCCUGUGUUUAGACAUUUGACGGCCUGCCACAUUACUUCCUUUUCCUAACAUGAUUCAAAAUCGGACGAUACGAUCACCUUAAGUUGCCGUACGUUAAUUGGGCUUCCUUGGUGCCCUUGUAUUGCUUCCGUUUUCCGGCGUAACGAGCAUUUGAACCUAACCCUUCGAGGCGCCGUAUAAAAUCACGAAACCAUCACAAAACUUGCCACAUACGCGACGUUCCACCAAAUACGAUGAAGCGAAGCGUAAACACGUCUCUUGCGUAGUACUUUUCUUACGAGCAAACAUAACAUAAAUGGAUAAUGAUAACAAAAUAUUUAACCGAACUGAGACUAUCGUUAAUCGAAAUGAACAACAAGAGCAGGAUGAGUGCAGAUCAUAGCAUAGACACAUACACACACAGGCAUGUACACAUUGGGUUUAUUAUUAUCUGGGUGUACCGGAACGAAUAAAUACGGCAAUUUAAUAGGAUUAAAUACGUAAAUUACCCGAGCACACAAAACAUAUUAACGAUCACAAUGUACCACAACACACCUGGAAUAGAUACCUGAAGAUUCGCUUUCCGACCACAAGUGCAGCAAGUCGAUUCGCUUGGAUAGCAUCUCUACACCAUUCAUAUUAGUCGGCGGAGGAAUUAAAGUAAAUUCUGCUUGGAAAUCUGUCGACAGUGUUUAAGUAUGUGUCGUUCCAGUGACCGUGCCUAGAAGGCAUGAUAAUAACCAAAGGUAGAAAAUGCAGGUCUGAAGGCAUAGGUUUUUAUGUAAUCAUUACAUCGUAGAGAAAAAUAAGAGUAUACUUUAAACAAGUCAUAUACUUGCUCUUUAGAAGCUAACUAGCUAACACGUGUUGGGUCACCUCGGAAGGCACCAUGGGAAGGUAGCAAAUGAGGUUGAUUGCCGAUAGCCCUAGAGGCAAGAGAAAAUGUAAAGAGAAAGAUCAAACCACGGGUUAUCUAAAAAGUUUCAGUGAUUUCAUUAUGACUGUUAUAGCUAUGUAAGACGUAAACUGGGAUGAAUGUGUGUUAGUAGAUGGAACCUAUUCUUGCUCUGGGUGGCUUAACCGCGUUGAUUUGGGACUUUGGGUACACCUGAUUACAACUUUCCCUAUUUAUGUUUAGUUAUGUUUAAGUUUCCUGAAUGGUUUUAUUUUCUUUGGUCUCUUGCUAUGUUCACUUGCUCUCCAGGCCAUCACUGAAGUACAUUUGUUAUGCGUUUGCCUUAUUAUGACGAACGUCUCGGUGAUAGGUGCUAUAUUAAUACCUUGUUGAUUAGUUUUGCUCCACAUUGUGUUCAUAAAGGGCUGAAGGCGAAACGUGACAGCUCAGGAUUACAAUUAUUCGACUUCUCGUCAUAAUUUGUUUAUUCGACGCAAUUUACAAUCAUUCGAGUUCAGGUAGCACCAACAUACAAACUUAGACCAUGUGUCUGUUUAUUCGCUGGAUUGUCUUAAUGCGUUGUUCAAGUUGAAUUCUAACAUAUUAUUUUAUAAUCUGUUCAAAAGAACUAAUGCAAAAAAGUCAUUUUUAUGGACAGAGAUCAUUAACGACGAAACAGGCAAGAAGAUGCAAAUAAAAUGACCAUUUGUCAUGUCUCUUAAUUUAGUGCGCUGAUGCAGUUAUAUAUUCAGAUUGUUUCCGAUGUUAUUUACAUUAUCAUAAGUCUCAAAUUUACUAUUUUUUUCUAGGUAGUUUAUUAACUUCAUUAGUUUGCGUUGCGAAUGCCUUGUUUGCCAGCAGGGGAACGAAAUGGUGGCCUAUUGAAGGUUAUUGGCUAAAGGCGUUAGGCAUAGUAGAUCGUGUGAACCAGUGAAGUUAUUGCAAAACUGUUACCAUUGCGCGCCAGACCGAGGCGGCAUUCUGGUUGAUGAAGUGUGCCGCAGGGAAAGAUAGGAUUUUCCAUCGUUGGGUUUUUCCUAGCCAAAAACAGAGAUGUCUAUAAUCUUAGUCGCUCGUAAUGUCGCAAUCGCGCUUUACGAAAGGCUGUAUCAGAUGGUCUAUAAUACUAAUCAAGAGUGUUCAAUAAAGAACAUCUUCCCUUUUCA